UCUGGCUGGCUAGUUGGUGCGUGACGUCACAUAGAAAAGGAAAACAUGGCUGAAGGGAGUAAUGCAGAUGUGACUGCUUAGCCCUUCGCGUAGUUUUUGAAGCACUCAGUCGUCUCGUUUUUGAAAUGAUAUUCGACUUUAAGCUGGUGUCGAUUACCCAUUAUAAGUAGUGAACAACCUAGUGAUCGAGUAACGACCGGAGGGCACCAUGGACGAUUUUUUGCCUCUCCUCAACACCACGGACACCCGAGCCAAACUUCAGCUGGGCCAAGACAUUAUCAGCUAUUUGCAAGAUGAGGCCAAUCCGCUCGAAUGCGUGGACAUCGGCCACUUCAUUGACGGCCUUGUUCCCUGGAUGGGCAGUAGUCAGUCCAAGGUUGCGCAAAACGGACUGGAGGCUUUUGCCCUGAUCGUUGACAGAAUGGGAGUCGACUUUAAGCCAUAUGUGACAAUUGUGCUACCACCUAUAAUAGACAGAUUGGGUGAUAGCAAAGAUCUAGUUAGAGAAAAAGCCCAGGUGCUGCUGAACAAAAUGAUGGACAGUGUGUGCACACCGCAGCAGUUGUUUGACCGUCUGGCUCCUGCAUUUAACCACAAGAAUGGCAAAAUCAGAGAGGAGCUUAUGGAGUGUCUGCAGCGCACUCUGAGAGAGCAUGGCUCCAACUCGCUGAGUGUGUCAAAGCUGGUGCCUGCUGUUGCCAAAUUGCUGAGUGACCCUGUCGCCUCAGUGCGGGAUACGGCGUUUGUCACUAUGGUCGAAAUUUACCGGCACGUAGGAGAGCGACUGAGACAGGAUCUCGUUAAAAAGCAGCUCAUCCCAGCAACUAAAUUGCCUGCGCUGCUCAAUCAGUUUGACGAGUUGAAGAAUAACGGAGAACUUAUGCCAUCUGCAUUGGUUGAAGGUGGGUCCAGAUACGACGAUGAGCCAGACCGAGUUGGGAUCGGUACUAAGAGUCGAUCGGGAAGUCUCCCGAGACGAACUUUCGCCACCCCGGGCAAGCCAGGACCAACGGGGCCUAGCUCAGUUGCGGGACUACCCCCUCCAUCAGCUACAGUCAGAAGGAAUACAUCACUUAGGAGAGCUGCCUCGAGUGCAGGUGGUCAAGCUGGUGCCUUGGACGAAGAUGCGUUCAUCCGACAGUUCGAUGAAGUGCCCACUGCGCAACUGUUUUCGGCCAAAGAUUUGGACGAGCAGAUGUCACAGCUUCGAGCCACCAUAGAAGAUGUUAAUAAGGACUGGUCCAAAAGAGUAGAUGCUCUGAAACGUGUUCGGUCGCUAAUACUGGCCGGUGCAGCCGAUUAUGAUGAUUUGAAAGAACAUCUUAGACUCCUUGAACCGGCAUUUAUGGCGUCUGUUAAAGAUUUAAGGUCCCAGGUUGUGAGAGAGGCUUGCAUCACAAUAGCCUUCCUUUCACAAAAUCUGCCAAACAAGCUGGACCAUUUUGCCGAGAUGCUGUUGCCGAGUCUAGUGAAUUUGAUACCAAACUCAACCAAGGUGAUGGCCUCCUCUGGUUUUGUGGCGGUCAGGUUUAUCAUCAGCCACACGCAUGUUCCACGACUCAUCCCUAUUUUGACCAAUUGCUUGAGCACUUCAAAAGCCAAGGAAAUCAGGAGGGCUUGCUGUGAAUUCUUGCAACAAAUGAUGAACACGUGGCCAACACACACUUUAGAGAGGCACAUCAACAUCCUGCAAGAGUCGAUCAAGAAAGGAAUAGCAGAUGCUGAUUCUGAAGCUCGAUUGUCAUCUAGAAGGGCCUUCUGGGGAUUUCAGUCCCACUUCCCUGAGCAGGCCGACAGUCUACUCAACUCUCUUGAUGGUGCAUACAAGCGGCAGCUACAGAUGGAAGGUCCGUCGAUGUCUGCGUCUAGCUCGAGCAGCUCGCUGCACCAAGACAGGGGCCGCGGCGCCAUCCCCAGGUCCCGGGCCUCCAGCGUCACAGGUAGUGCAGAGAACCUCUACCGAAACACGUCCCACUCAGGGAUGGUUCUGCCGCGUCGGUCAGGCAUUCCGGUUCUUUCAAAGUGUGACUCAGACCGUCAAAAUCCCAUGGCCUCUCCCCGUCAUAGACCCAUUACGUCGGGAACUUCGACUCCAGUUCAGCUACGUUCCAAUUCAGCUAUUGAUCUUCAGGCAGCCCAGCGAGCUAGGGCCCGAGCCCAGUAUGCCGCAGCUGCUCGUCUUAAAGUUGGUUCCGGUGCUUCACUGCGAGAUGAGUUCGCAGCACGCCAGCGCAAAACAUCAGAUUCUGGUAUGAAUGCGAACACGAUUACGUCACCAGAGAGAAUGGGUCGAACGAGGACCAGAGUAGCUGGUGUUUCGCAAUCUCAACCUAGCAGUAGGUCUGGCUCACCUUCAUCUAGACUAAGUUACGCCACAUACCGUGAAGGAAACGCAAUUUUGGACUCAGGCCCGAUGUCCAUGGGCUCAAUUAGCCGUCCUAGAAGACUGGGAAGUGGCAUUCCAAGAAGCCAGGGAGCCAGCAGAGAGGGCAGUCGGGACCCAAGUCCCAAUCGCUACGGAGGCAUCUCGUAUGGCUCAAUGUUGAGGUACAAAACUGUUCCACAGAAGAGAACUAUUAUUUUAAAUGCGAUAUUUUCAUACAGAGCAAGGACUGGUUUAAAUUAUGGAACUCCUCAAUCUGGACAGAGAACUGUCAUGGCGCAGAAAAUUUUGCAACAGAGCAGGGAGGCUGAGAAUGCUCUCGCAGAUGCAUUGAAUUUUGAGGAGGAUUUCCAGAAAACACCAACCAGGAAAACCAGCAGGCUGUUUGAUGAUCAUUCCGAUGAGAGUGAGACCUCCAGUAUUUGCUCUGAAAGAUCAUACGACUCAUUUAGGAGACCAUCUGAUUACUGGACCAACUCUCAACAAAGACAUUUCCAGAACAGUCUUUGGGAACAACCAAAGGGUAUUGGUGACUUCAUUAUUAGCUGUGCAAGUACUCACUGGCAGGACAGGAAGGAGGGUUUAGUUGGAUUGCAACGAUAUUUGCAAUCUGGGCACAAACUGACAUUUCAAGAACUUAGACAAGUCACAAAUAUCUUCACUAAAAUUUUCAUGGAUUCGCAUACCAAGGUGUUUAGUUUGUUCCUGGAUGCUGUCAAUGAUCUGAUCACAAGUCACAACAAUGAUCUGCAUGAUUGGCUUUACAUAUUGAUGACUCGCCUUUUCAACAAACUUGGAACGGAUCUGCUUAACUCUACCCAAAAGAAAAUCCACGUCGUAUUGGAGAAUAUCAGAACCAAUUUCCCCGCGGAACUUCAGUUUGGUGCUAUAGUGCGGUUCUUUGUGGAUGCUACCCAAACUCCCAAUAUGAAAGUCAAGUUAACUGCAUUAUGCUAUUUGGCUCAAUUGGCCAAUGCGAUGGACCCAACUGCAAUCAACGGUGGCGGAAGGGAUACAAAACCGGCUCUCACAAAAAUAAUAACAUGGACAAACGACCCUAAAAGUGCUGAAAUUCGGAGAGCAGCCGGCGCUGCUCUGAAUGCCCUGUUCAACCUCAACGUCCCAGCAGUAACGAUCAUGCUCUCAGAAAUGCCAUCUGAGUACCAGGAUAUCGCGCAGAAAGUUGUCGCUCAGCACUCUCGAUAUGGUGGAGCGGACAGCUCUUUGCCCUCAUCGCCGCGAGUUGGAUCGCCUGGCACGCCGACUCAACGCUCUCUGCAUAAACAACUGGACGACGAGGAUGACAGCUUGAACGCAGAGGACAUCCACCGCUCCCUCCAACGCACGACGGCCGAAAUCCAGAACUACAGCUUUGACGGUAGCAAAUUGCUAGACAGAGAUCGUGAUACCACUUCUCAAGAUUCAGGCAUUAGCCAAAUGUCAGCAGGUGGACACGGCGACAAGUUGGAGGAGAAGUUUGAGGAAAUGUCAAUCGCGACCAAGAAACUACACAGCAAUGGGUGUAUGCAGUCGCCUGCCAGCAGGAACUCGCCAACGUUACCAAGACUAACUUCAACGCCGUUGAGGGAGUUCAAUGGCUUGGACAAAACGCCAAGUAGAGACGGCUCUUUUGACGCCACAGACAAUGGGUUGUUGAAUAGAGAAAAUCACCAUCCUGAAAACCCUGAAGCGUUUCAAAAGUUGAUGGAAAUAUUGGGCGUGGAGAAGGAAGUCGUAGGCAGCGGAGGUGAAAAGAUUUCCUCUCUGCAGCAGUUGGCGAGAGUAGUUAAGGAAGGCAAUGCUGCUACUAUUGUUGAAAAUUUCAAGUUGCUGCUAAGGGUUUUGUUGGAACAGCUGGGCAGUUCUGACUCAAAUUUAAGAGUUCAGGUUUUGCAAGUGUUGACGGAGAUGUUCCGCAAGUCCAGUCUUGCUACUAGUUUUACCAAUUACGUUGAGCUGUUGGUUCUGCGCAUUCUACAGUGUCACAAGGAUCCCGUGAAAGAUGUCGUAAGAGGCGCAGAGCUAUGUGCAGCUGCCAUGGUGUCAGUUUUACCGAGCGACCUGGUGAUUCGGGUGCUGAGCCCCUUGAUCACCACGGCUGAGUUCCCGCUCAACCAGGCGGCCAUCAAAAUGCUGAACCGACUGGUUGAACACCAAACAGGCGCCGAGGUGCAAGCACACUUGGGCGACCUGAUGCCACUCCUGCUGAAGGCUUACGACAACGAGGAGAGCUCUGUGCGCAAGUCGGCAGUCUUUUGUCUGGUGGCGCUACACAACUGCAUCGGUGAGGAGCCACUCCAACCACACUUGGUCAGUCUGACGGGCAGCAAACUCAAGCUGCUCAACUUGUACAUCAAGCGCGCCAAGCAGGAAACAAUGAACAACCAGCCACCGUCUAGCACAACACCCUCAACUUCGUCACCAGCAUCACCCAAGAACAUGCCUGCGCUAUAGAUUUGAUAGAUACGAGAUGAGGAAGUCCCGAGUGAGCUCGCACGCCUACCGAUGCUUUGUUUUUGGUUGGGCAGCGUUUUGCAUCUAGCCUCUUUUGAAUAUCCCCUGUCAAUGUUGAAAAAAAUAACUUUAUAAAAGACAUUCUGCUCUAAAAUAACUUGGAUUUUCAAAAGCUCUUGAGUGGUCCGCUUGUUAACAAUGGGAUGUAACUGCAAUUAAUGAAACUAGCUUUUCAAAAUCACAUUUUGAUUGAUACAACUCAAUUGACUGGGCUAAGACUUAGAACCACUUUUUGCAUUUUGGUUGGGAUCAGUCUUGUGAUUUUACUUUCCAAUUAGGAUUGCGUGUCUUACGUACCAAACUUUCGACUGGACAUCCACCUCACCGCCUAACACUAGUCCUCUUUAUAUCAAGAUUGGUUCUGACAUUUCCAGCAGCCUCCCCCAUACUUAAUUGAUUUAUUGUUAAUUCUUGUAAAUAUCUGUAAUCUACUGUUAGCUCUUAAUUAACUUAGAUUGUAAUUCAGUUCCUUAACCCCCUGAUUUGAAGCCAAUAUAUGUCACCACCUCGACUCUUGAGAAAAGCAUUGUAUUAACCAAGGUUGUGUCUCCCGAGAUGGAAAAUCCGCAAUCACCUGAUUUCUCUCCCAAAUAUGAUGUGUACGUAGUUUAUUUUUUUAUUCUUGCUAAUUCAUGGUGGCCAAAUGCCUACGAUAUCGCGAGCACAAAGGCUGAAAAGCUCAAAAUGGUGUUGCUAUAGAUGAUAUCUUUUUUUGAAUCUUCAAUUUACGUGUAGAUGGACAGACAUCUCUUUGCUGAAGCUACGACCACUAAAAAUAUCUUUUCGCCGCCAGUGGAUAAAUAGGUCAAAUUAGUUGUUUUUAUCGCAGCCGCAAAUUUAGUUGCUCUUGUAUUGCUAAAUUAAUUAGGAAAUUGAGUGUGGUGUUAUCAUAUUGCGAAUAAAAAAUGUUUUUAUUAAAACAAAAUCAUCUUCAA